AAAAAAGGUUGUUACCCAUUUUCCCCUCUUUCCUCUCCCCUCCCCCCCUGUAACUUUAUUAUAUAAUUAAAACUUUGAUUUUGACAGCUUUAAAUAAUAAUGAUUCAUAAACCUAAUAAAUCGAAACUUGCCCUUGCCACACUUAUUAGUAUUUCUGUAUUAGGGACAGUAUACUAUAAAAGAAAACGAAGAGGAUACAGAGACUCAAAAGAUAAUAGGAUUGAUCCUAAAGACAAAUUGAUCGAUAAUAAUUCACUCUAUAAUAACUUUGUUGCUUCAUUACCUACUUCUUUUCUGCUGAUCGAGACAUCAUCCGCUGCGGAUACUUUUUUAAAUAAAUUGUUUUCUUCAAUUAAUCCAGCCAAUUAUCAACAAAUUAUACCUACUUCCUAUGAAGAAUUAAAGGCACAGAUUGCUUCCUUAUACCCCACAUUUGAAAAUCAGUUGGAAGCGAUUCGAGAUAUGUAUCAUUCAUUUUGGGACUAUUUGACAUUUGAAGAUUUCAGAAAUAUGGCUAAAGAAUCUAUGAAGGAAGAUAACAAUCCUAACUUGCAUCCAGAAAUUCAACACAAUGCCUAUGUGAGGGAAGGACAAGAACUCUCUGAGGAAGAAAUUAAGUUUGCGAAAACGAGGAAACAGAAGAUGAAAGCUGCUUUUGCCUUUUUUAUAGGUGUAAAUGAGAAUGAAGUUGAAAUUGAAGAUAUUCCUAAUAUCGGUAUUGCUUCAAGUGGCGGUGGAUAUCGUGCUAUGGUAAGCUGUUCUGGAUAUUUACACGCUAUGUAUGAGACCGGUAUUCUUGACUGUGUAUUAUAUAUGGCUGGCGUUUCUGGAUCUACCUGGGCCAUGUCACAACUAUAUAGUCCUUUGACAAAUGCUUCGUUUGAUACGCUAAAGGAUCAUCUUUCAAGCCGAAUUCAUACACAUAUCGCUAACCUGUCCAAUUUCUUAAACUUGCUUAACGCCUCUCGUCAUAAUGCAAAAAUUAUUUUGCACGGUAUUAUUCAACGUUAUUACCAACAGAAUAAAAGUAUCAGUCUUGUAGAUAUCUUUGGUAUGUUAUUGGGUGGUACUUUACUAGCGAAAAAAAUAACGAUUUCGGAAAAUGAGCCAGAACAUGAUAGUAGUAGUAGUCAUUCAAAAUACAGUGAAUCAAUUGAAUAUCCUUCUAUAAGAACGAAUAAUCAAACAACAGCGUCAAAUAAUAAUAAGCAAGGCACUAUACAAGAAGAUAGUGGUCUAGAAGUAAAGCCGCGAUUAUUACACAAUAAAGAAAUUAAAUUAUCAAAGCAAAGAGAGUAUUUUGAGGAUGGGUCAUUACCAAUGCCAAUUUAUUGUGUUGUGAGGCAUGAGGUUGAAACCCCUAAUGUUACUAAAGCAGCUACAGUUUCUUCUAUGGAAAAUAAUAGAGAGCCAUGUGAACAAUUAAAGAUCGGAGAACUUGACAAAUAUCACGACAAAACAAACAAUGAAAACAAAGGCAGCAAAGUUUCAGACAAAGAAGAAAUAAAUAGUUUAUACCAAUGGUUUGAGUUUACCCCUUAUGAAAUGGGUAGUGAGGAAAUCAAUGCUUGGAUUCCAAUUUGGGCUUUUGGAAGAAAGUUUGAAGACGGCAAAAAUUUAGAAAGGCUUCCUGAACAAAGUUUAGGUAUUUUAAUGGGCGUAUUUGGAUCCGCUUUUGUAGCUAGUCUUGCUCAUUUUUAUCAGGAGAUUCGUCUGCUUCUGCCAGCUUCAGCUGUUCAAAAAGCAGAUGAAAUUAUUAAAGACUACCAAAGUUCUGUUUUAUCGACCAUUCAUCCAAUUUCUCCAGCCUCCUUUCCAAAUCCAUUUUACAAAAUGCCUAGUACAGUUCAAACAAAGGAUAAAUCAAAAGAAGAAAUUUUACGGUCUAAAGAUUUAGUUGAAUCGGAACAGAUUGAGUUGAUGGAUGCUGGCAUGGAUAAUAAUAUUCCUUUUUAUCCCCUCUUGAGACGAGGUCGUGAUGUAGAUAUCAUCAUUGUAAUCGAUUCUAGUGCUGAUAUUCAAGAAACACCUUAUUUUGAUCGAGCAAUGGGAUAUGUGAAACAUCGUGGUAUCAAAGGCUGGCCGACAGGUGCUGGAUGGCCUAAACCAAAAAAUGAAAAAAAGGAAGAAAAGGCGGCGAUAGAAGCAAGCUCCUCCUCUACAAAUAUAAUAUCAACACAAGAAAAUAUGACUCACACACCCAUACAUGUUAAUCAUUGUCAUAAUAAAAAUACAAACACAUCUACUAAAAUCACUAAUGAUGAAGAAGAAGACAAAUCAGAGACGACAGCAUCAUUAUCCUCAAAAAUAACUAAUUAUGCUUUAGAUACAUGUACCAUUUUUGAAUCUAAUUCUUUAGAAACCACUCCUGCCAAAUCGACAAAUGAUAUUAAUCAAAAUACCACUACAACAACAUAUCCCGAAAAUACAAAUCCAAUCACACUUGUCUAUUUUCCUUUAAUUGUAAACAAAAACUAUGAUCCUGAAUUUGAUCCUCAAACAGCAGAAUUUUGCAGUACAUGGAACUUUGUUUACUCUUCUGAACAAGUAAAUAAGCUUCAUGGAUUAGCAAAAGCAAAUAUAAAAAAUAACUUGGAAAAAGUUCGUAAAGUAAUUAGAGAGACAUGGAAAAGGAAAAGAGAUGAAAGAUUAAAAAGAGAAAAAAUGUAGUUUUAUUUAAU